AUCCCAUAGCCCAUAGCGCUAACAGCAUAAAAACAAAUGCUUAAAUUUUAUUUAUUUGGGGCAUCCUGUAUAUUUAACAAUUAACUCUAAUUAUUCAAUAUGACUCCGAAUCUAACAUGUAAAUGAUCCAAAAGGUUACGUGGAGCUCCAAUUGUAGACAACAGUAUAAUCAAAACCAAUAUGUCCCAUAAAAUUUAAAACUCUUUUUAAUGUUCAGAACAUCCUAUCGUUUUUAUGUGCUGGAUUAGAAGAACAACACAUAACUGUGCAUGUUAAUUCUACUUUUUAUAUUUAUCAGCCUAAUAUAAUUCAAGGUCGACUAGAUUCAAUAUUAAGCCCGUAUAAACGGAACAACUGACAUUAGUUUCAAAUAUGUCAAACAAAAGAUUGUGAGAUGUUUCAAAAUUGAACCCACAUGUAAUUGUAGUAAAUCACCGUGUACAGAUUUAAAAUUAAUGAAACAAGACGGACACCUGUUAAACUUGAAAAAAUAAAUUAGGACUGGAAGCUGUAUAUUAUAAAGAUAUACAAAACUCAAUAAAUAACAAAAUGAGUAAAUUAGUAGUAUUGUUUAGGACAUUUUUAGAAAAGCGUCCUGUGUUAGGCAAUUGUAUAGUGUAUGGCACAUUAUGUGUAGCUGCUGAAACUUCUCAACAAACGAUAAAUAAAAAGUUUUUGGAAAAACCUAGUAAACCAUUGGAUACGGCGACUAUUGGUAGAUAUGCCAUUUAUGGAACAUCAAUUGGUGGUCCGUUAGUAUCACUAUGGUACAAGUUCCUGGACAAAAAGCUACCUGGUACAGCGGUUAAGACUAUAGUGAAAAAAAUGCUUGUUGACCAAUUUAUUUUUACGCCACAGCUUUUAGUUGUAUUUUACAUUUCCAUGAGCAUUCUAGAAAGAAAAGAUGACCUACUAGCCGAGUGUAAAGAAAAAUUUGGACACACGUUCCUAGCAAAUUGUCUAUUCUGGUUACCCGCCCAAGCUGUAAAUUUUUCAGUAAUUCCCAGUGUAUACAGGGUAACCUACAUUGGGGCCUGUUCCUUUGCAUGGAUCAAUGUACUUUGUUGGUUUAAAAGACAAAAUCUAGACAAUAACACAGAUAAUGGAAUCAUUGAUAAUGAAAAAGUACAAUAAAGUGAUUUUUUUAAAUAAUA